AUUCCCCUGAAGUAGCGGUAGUUUGACGCAGAGUCUUUUCAAACGAGACAGAAAGUUUUUACAUGAAAACACUCUGGUGACUUUUCUACAACUGGUAGAAAAGUCACGGCCAAGAAGCGUGCGGCAUCAUGAAGCUACUGCUGCGCUCCUGCAGCGUCUCUCUAUGGACUCUUCUUUUCUUCAGCGCUCUCCUCAAGGUCUCCGGAGCAGAAUGUAAUAGAGAAUGUGACAGCAAUGAAACAACAACAACAACAACAACAACAACAACAACAACAACAACAGCACUCACGUUUGAAUCCAAUCCAAACUGCACCUUCUCCAUUGGAAACAAUAUCUCUGAAAACGGUUCAAUAACUGGUUUGACUCCUGGAGCAAGCUAUCAAAUCUUCCAUAAUUGUUUGAACUGCUGCAUACAGGCCACCACGAAGCCUGAAGUCGUCCUGAACCUCACUGUUGAUGAAAUCACAACAUCCUCUAUAUCUGUGAAGUGGAUUAAACCAGAGGGAAACGGCUCUUCCUAUAAAGUACGCUGGACUGAUGGAAAUAUGAAUUUUCGUGACCAUGUGACUGAAACAAAUGUAAACAUUAGUAACCUGACUGCUGGUGUCCAGUAUGACAUAACUGUUACUGCAGUGGCAGAUGAUGGCAGGACUGAAGGACACAGUGCUGCAAUUUCUCAAUACACAAAGCCUGAAGUCGUCAGAAACCUCACUGUCACUAAAAUCACAACAUCCUCUAUAUCUGUGAAGUGGAUUAAACCAGAGGGAAACGGCUCUUCCUAUAAAUGGCAGAUGAUGGCAUGA